AUGCGACACGGGGAUAUGGGGGUUGCAGGCGCGAUUGGAUGGGGCAGACGGUAUAGGGGGACUACGAUGCCAAGGACGACGAUAGUCAUAGCCAGAGCCAACUACCGACGCAUGCGUAGAGAUGCCUUUCUACCUCUAGCACGGCAUAGGACUUGUGGGAUUGAAAG